AUGGCUGACUCGGACCCGACCGGGUCCAUGUCCGGAUCUUCAACCGACGAGAUGCAUGUCCUGUAUUUAGACCAUAUCAAGUGCAGCUGGAACAAGACUUCUCGCAAGUGUAUCCCAAAGGCGCACCGUCCCAAUGGACCACUUCCCAAAGACGUCACCAAGAACUUGUCCUUGCUUUCCGUCAUCGCCCCGGGCGACAAAGGCCUGCUCGCAACCCAAAGUAUCAUGAAAUCCAUGGUCGCCACACGUAUUCAGCAAAGUGACGUCAAUACUCCCGUUAUCCAGGCACAAGAUCUGUUGAAAGCUCUGGAGGCCAUGCCCCAACUGCUCACUGCUGUAAGCAACAUCCUCAAGGCGCGUCGCAAGAGUGCCGCAUUCUUGUGCGAGCACGGCUUCAACUCAGAUGAUCCGAUCGAGUGGCCCCCGAAUGUUGUGAUGGUUCUUGGGGAACUCGUCAAGAAGACAGGCCAGCGUUACGAGCGUGCACAUGAAGCAGGCUACUACCUUACCCAGCACUACAAAACGAGACUCCAGAAGGAUGGUGAUGAGUUCAGAACGAUUCUCGAGUCUGACGUCAGGGAGGCUAUCAACAGCUUGGAGGAAGCGUCUACCCAAGAAGAUCUCGUUGCACCCAACACUGGAGAUGAGGUUUACAGUACAGACUUGGAGAACACCAACGCCACCGAAGAUCUCUACACCACCGGAUCUGCAAGCAUCUUCGAGCCGACCCUCCCUCCUCUCGAGAUCCUCAAAAGCAUCGGCCAGAUCUACUACAAAGGGAAGAGACAUGAUGUUCUAUUCAAAGUCGCGCCUACGAUCAUAUCGUAUGAGAUGGCAUGCAAAGGAAUGUACCAUGACAACAGGGGCUCGAACGAGCUUGGAACAUUUCUCAAGCACGAUAGGAGGAAAUGGUCGUACGCGAACUGGUGGCCAAACUGGCGUGCGAUCGUCCACUUGGAGAAUCGCUUCGGCAAGCCUUUUUUCGAGAUCUUCGAUUGCGCGGAUAUCCAAGCAGACCAGGCUCUCCGGAUGGCAGAGGGAGUUCUGACCACCCUGGACGGGAUCACGCGUAUCCACGGCAUUACCGACGUUGAGAAGCUCCGCAAUGUGUGCGCUGACUUUUUCACGAAGUAUCCGGUCUCGGAAAAGGCACAGAGCCUGACCUCUGCAGGUGUCAGGAAGCUCAGCAGCGCACUGAAUGCAGCUAAAGGCCCAGACUCCGGGGGUGUGAGAUACAAAGGAUGGCCUUCAUUGGGUGGCGAGGCCGCAGGACCUGCCACGCCCCUCGAAGAUCCAACUCCCACGCAGGUCUUCCGCCCUAGCCGCGACAUGUCGUCUAAGGGCAAUAGUGAGCAGGCCACCGCCAAAAAGGCCAAACCUGGAGCAUCAGGCUCGACCACGGCUUUCCGAGAGUCUUACGUCAUCAACCACAUCCCUAACAAGAAUGCGAUGAUGAAGGCCCCGGCAUCUGGCCGCCGCGCUCCUGGCCCUGCAGCUGUCCUUGAGAAAAUGGCCCAGAAGGGUCCAACCACGAGAGUUCCUACUCAUGACUCCGCUCUUGACCGCACUUUGGACACGACGAAUGUUCCUGCGCGCACUUCAACUACCCGCAGGCAGAGUGAGUGGAUUCGCACUCACGGCGUCCGAAAAAUGAGCAAGCGUGCCCUGGCCGACUCCGAGAUUGAUGAGCUCUUCGAGGAACCGAACGACGUCACUGUUGAAGCCGAUCGCAUGACCAUCGACAACGAGAGUCCGUCCACUUCGGUUCAUCCAUCUCACCCCAGCGGUUCCAACUCCAUCCACGAGAGCAGCGGUGCUCCCGUCCAGCAUCCCGCCAAUGACAACAUCACUGAGGCAGCUCCUGGCAACAACAAUGGCGUCAACGCCGUUGAGGAUUCCGUCGAAGUCGAUGAGGCUCGGCCGUCGAACAGCGACACCGCCGCCAGCGCCAGCACAAGCGCGACCACGGAUGCCGUCCAGCAGGCUGUCGCCCAGACAAUGGGUGGAUUGCAGCAAAGUAUCAGCAUUGACGAAUUGACCAGCGAGGUCUGCCAGAUCGUCCUCCGCGUACUGGAGGAGCUCGAGGCCGGCAACAUGAUCGUCCGCGCCCAGGACAUUGGUACCAGGUACUGCAGGAAGAGUGAGGUGGAGGUGCUCGUCGGGGAGAUGGUUGAUCGCGAGGAUGCUCUCAAGGAGCAGCGCGAUGAGGCGCUGGGACAGGUCGCGGAGCUGAAAGAGAAACUGAGGGAGGCGGAGGAGGUCAAGAGGACGCUCAUGAACGGUAUGGAAGAGUUCUGCCGAUCCUUUGACGUCUCCACGAACGAGGGUUAG